UCUCUCUGAGGAGAAAAGUCGUGUGAGGAGGUGGCGUGUCUGAGAGCUUCAAGCUAACCGGUGAAUACGGUGGAAAAAUGGCGGAUACGUUGGCACUUUUCACUUCCAUCGGGCUCAGUGAGCAGAAAGCGAAAGAAACGCUAAAAAAUGAGGCGCUGAGUUCCGCCCUGAAGGACGCGAUUAUCCAGGCCCAGCGUGCCCGUGGGGCAUCAGGAGUGGACAAAGCCAUGGGGACAUUGCUGUACAGUCUGGCCUCUCGCCUUAAAGACACCAAACGCCUGGCAUUCCUCUCAGACAGUAUAGCUCAGAGCAAAAUCUGCACAGAGCUUCAACUGGCAGCUGCACUUGAAUUUGUGAAGAGUAAUCCUCAGGGCCCCAUCAAUCAGAAAGAGUUUGAAGAAGCAUGUGGAGUAGGUGUGGUCAUAACACCGGAGCAGAUCGAAGAUGCAGUGGAGUCGGUGAUCAAGAAGCACAAGGAACAGCUGUUAAAGGAGAGGUACCACUUCAACAUGGGACUGCUAAUGGGUGAGGCACGCUCUGCCCUGAAAUGGGCCGACGGAAAGGUCGUCAAAAACGAGGUGGACAUGCAGGUCCUGCACCUCUUAGGUCCCAAGACAGAGGCUGACCUGGAGAAGAAACCUAAGCCCCAGAAGGCAAAAGUUGCAGAGAAUGACACAAAGGCAAAGAAGGAGGAAGUGGCAGUGAAUGGUGAGGCGAUGCCCGGGGAGGGAAAGUCGUUAAUGGAGCAGCUCAGAGGAGAGGCGCUGAAGUUCCAUAAACCAGGAGAGAACUAUAAAACUGAGGGGUAUGUGGUCACACCGAAGACAAUGGAGUUGCUUAAAAAGCACUUGGAGAUCACUGGUGGACAGAUACGUACUCGUUUUCCUCCUGAGCCCAAUGGUAUCCUUCACAUUGGACAUGCCAAGGCUAUCAACUUCAAUUUUGGCUAUGCAAAGGCAAACGACGGGAUUUGUUUCUUGAGGUAUGAUGACACCAAUCCAGAAAAAGAGGAGGAAAAAUACUUCACUGCCAUCAAGGACAUGGUGGAGUGGCUUGGCUACAAGCCGUAUGCUAUAACGCAUGCAUCGGACAACUUUCAGCAACUCUACGACCUCGCUGUGGAUCUCAUUCGCAGGGGUCACGCGUACGUGUGCCACCAGAAAGGUGAGGAACUGAAGGGCCAUAAUGUUCCUCCAUCACCCUGGAGAGACCGACCCGUUGAGGAGUCCCUGGUGUUGUUUGAGAGGAUGAAGAAGGGGAUGUUUGCUGAGGGAGAGGCUACGCUCAGGAUGAAGAUGGUCAUGGAGGACGGGAAGAUGGACCCUGUGGCGUACCGGAUCAAAUACACGCCACAUCAUCGCUCAGGAGAUGAAUGGUGCAUCUACCCCACUUAUGACUACACCCACUGUCUGUGUGACUCUAUUGAAAACAUCACACACUCACUGUGCACCAAAGAGUUUCAGGCCAGGCGUUCAUCAUAUUUCUGGCUGUGUAACGCUCUGGAUGUGUACUGCCCUGUGCAGUGGGAAUAUGGCCGCUUGAACCUCACCUACACUGUUGUGUCCAAGAGGAAAAUCAUCAAACUGGUGGAGACCGGCGUUGUCAGAGACUGGGACGAUCCCCGACUCUUCACUCUGACUGCACUGAGGAGAAGAGGUUUCCCACCAGAGGCAAUUAACAACUUCUGUGCGCGGGUCGGAGUCACAGUUUCCCAGACGACAACAGAGCCCCACCUUCUGGAGUCAUGUGUGAGGGACGUGCUAAAUGAAACGGCACCCAGAGUUAUGGCUGUGCUGGACCCACUCAAAGUCACCAUAACUAACCUCCCUGAGAACUUCAAGUCAGAUGUACCAGUACCAGACUUCCCUGCCAACGAGGCCAAGGGCAGCCACACAGUCCCAUUUUCACGGACAAUCUUCAUUGAACAGAGUGACUUCAGAGAGGUGAUGGAAAAGGGCUACAAGCGUCUGACCCCAGAUCAGCCUGUAGGUUUAAGGCACGCGGGGUAUGUCAUCUCUCUCCAGAAGGUCAUCAAGGACACUCAGGGUAAAGUGGUAGAACUGGAGGUGAGCUGCUGCAGUUCUGAGACUGCAUUGAAACCAAAGGCCUUCAUCCACUGGGUCAGCGAGCCGUUGUUGUGUGAAGUGCGCCUUUAUGAACGACUGUUCCUGCACAAACAUCCAGAGGAUCCGUCUGAAGUGCCCAACGGCUUCCUGACCGACAUCAAUCCCGACUCCCUGCAUGUGAUCAGCAGUGCCUUAGUGGAUACCUCAGUGAAGGGAGCAAAAGUUUUUGACAAAUUCCAGUUUGAGAGAGUUGGCUACUUCUCCCUGGACCCCGACAGCACCGCAGAUAAGCUUGUCUUCAACAGAACAGUCACCCUCAAAGAAGACCCCGGGAAGAUCUGAUUGACUUAAGAUCAAGCUGCACUUCCUGCUUCCCAUGAGCCCACAGAUACAUGUCCAAAUUGUUUGCGUCUCUUAAUGUGAAAUAUCAGCCAGUGCACAGACCGCUCAGGCUGAGACUGACCCAGAAUCAAACACUGUAAUAAUUACAGUACCCAAUUUCUGAACCACAGUUCUCUUGCAAGAAUCUGACCCACUUAAAAUGGAAAAUAUGACUCUAUUUAUUGAUUUGUUGGCUCUGAAAACAAAAUUACUACAGUGUCACUUCUUUGCUCAAUCUCAGCCUUGGUCAGUCAGUGUCAGAGUCUUAUUGACUCUUUUUCUAUAUCUGCUGCAAUGAUAUUCACUUACAGUGUUUCCUCUUUGUUGAAUGCAACUUUGAUCAUUGUUUAACAAAGACCUCAUGUAGGUUGAUUUAAUAUUUGCACUGAGCUGGUGUUACACAAAGGAGAUGCUCUCAGAUGCCAUACAUGACUUUCUUAUAAAGGUGGUGGAUCACUGCCAAACAUUCAUGUGUGUUUUUUAAUAUUCAGAGGGGUGUACAUGUGUCCUUUUGACAGGAGACAAUAAAUAAUUGCUGAAAAACUG